UUGAACUCCCUCGGUCCAAUAUUUCCCACGUAGUGGCCUUCGAUCGUAUGUAUCCAACGAACUAAUUUCUCUCUCUCUCUCUGUCUCUCUCUCUCUCUUCUCUGUUUCUCGCUGUUCCAAUGGCAGCGAAGACCGGCGUCCGUACCAGCGUUCGAAUCGUGGUCGCCGGCGAUCGAGGCACCGGAAAAUCCAGUUUGAUUGCUGCCGCCGCCACCGAAUCAUUCCCCGACAACGUUCCCUCUGUACUUCCUCCCACUCAUCUUCCCGCCGAUUUCUACGCUGAUGGCGUCCCGCUCACCAUUAUUGAUUCCUCUUCCAGCAUGGAUAACAAAUCCAAGCUCUUUGAAGAACUCAAGCGAGCGGAUGCAGUGUUACUAACGUAUGCAUGUGAUCAACCGAUGACGCUUAACCGUUUAACCUCAUACUGGCUCAAUGAGUUGCGCCAGUUGGAGGUGAAGGCACCUGUUAUUCUGGUUGGUUGCAAGUUAGAUUUGCGUGAUGAACACCAUCCAAUGAGCAUGGAGGAUAUCGUUGCACCCAUCAUGAAACAGUUCAGGGAGAUUGAAACUUGUAUAGAAUGCUCUGCAGCUACGCUACUUCAGGUGCCGGAAGUUUUUUAUUAUGCUCAAAGGGCAGUGCUUCAUCCAACAGCACCAUUGUUUGAUUUAGAAAGACAGAGUUUGAAACCCAGAUGCAAAAAUGCUUUGAGAAGGGUAUUUACUCUUUGUGAUCGUGACAUGGAUGGUGCCCUUAGUGAUGAAGAGCUGAAUGAAUUUCAGGUUAAGUGCUUCAAUGCUCCAUUGCAACCAGCAGAAAUAGUGGGUGUUAAAAGAAUUGUGCAAGAGAACUUACCAAGUGGAGUUAAUGAUCGUGGUCUUACCCUUCCUGGUUUCCUAUUCCUUCAUGCUCUAUUCAUAGAAAAAGGCCGCCUUGAGACUACUUGGGCAGUGUUAAGGAAAUUUGGCUAUGAUGAUGAUUUGAAUUUGAGUGGAGAUUAUCUUCCAGUUCCAUCUAAACAAGCUCCUGAUCAGAGCAUGGAGCUGUCAAAUGAAGCCUUGGACUUCUUGCGUGGUGUAUUCCAAUUGCUCGAUACAGAUAAUGAUGGAGCUCUGCGUCCAACAGAGCUCGAGGAAUUAUUCAGUACUGCUCCAGAAAGUCCUUGGGAUGAGCCUCCUUACAAGGAUUCUGCAGAGAGAACUGCUCUUGGAAAUUUAACUCUCAAUGGGUUUCUAUCCAAGUGGGCACUGAUGACGAUAUUGGAUCCUCCACGGAGUUUGGCUAAUUUAAUAUACAUUGGAUAUGGUGGUGAUCCAGCUAAAGCACUCCGUGUUACUAGGAGAAGAUUGGUAGAUCGCAAAAAGCAAAAGACAGAAAGAAACGUGUUUCAAUGCUUUGUCUUUGGUCCUAAAAAGGCUGGAAAGUCGGCUAUUUUGAAUACCUUAAUCCGAAGGCCUUAUUCUAAAAACUAUAGCUCAACAACUGAAGAUGGUUACGUCAUGAAUAUGCUUGAAAGAGUUCAGGGAGGUCAGAAGACACUUAUAUUGAGAGAAAUUCCUGAAGAUGGCGUCCAUAAAUUUCUUUCAAACGAAGAGUGUUUGGCAGGAUGUGAUGUUGCUGUCUUUGUCUAUGACAGUUCAGAUGAAGACUCAUGGAAUAGAUCAAGAGAACUACUUGUUGAGGUUGCGAGAAAGGGAGAAGUUAGUGGCUUUGGAGUUCCUUGCAUUGUUAUUGCUGCCAAGGAUGAUCUUGACCCAUCUCCACUUGCAGUACAAGACUCAGUGAGGGUUUGUCAGGGAUUGGGAAUAGAAGCACCUAUACCUGUGAGCUCAAAAUCAGGUGACUUGAGCCAUAUAUUCAAUAAAAUUUUGACCGCUGCAGAACAUCCUCAUGCAAACAUUCCAGAAACAGAGAGAGGGAGGAACCGUAAGCGGUAUUACAAACUCUUUAACCGCUCUCUCAUAUUCGUCUCAGUUGGAGCUGCUGUGGGUGUUAUUGGAUUAGCUGCUUGCCGCGCAUACGCUGCCAGGAAAAAUACCUCAAAUUAACUGCAAGAAAUCAACUUAUGUGGUCGCUGUUAAGUACCGCAAUAACACUGCCUUAAUUUCUUUGCUAAGUAAUACGUUUCUGUCUUUGUCUAAUCGAUCCUCUUGUGUAAUCUAGAAGUACAUUUGGUUAUUUAUAGAAAGAAUGCUUUUGGUAUUUCUUUCAAGUUGGGUUCUAAAUUUUCGUAACCACCAAACCAUUCAUCCUACUUUUGUUCUUUGUUUAAAAUUAUUUAUCUAACUUGUAUUUAUGGACCCGAAGGAAUUCAACGAGGACUUCGCAACGAGCUUGUUGGGGCUACCAGUUCUCCAUGUAACCGAUGCUAUUUAAAGCAAUUACAAUAAUGCAAAGAUAGAUACUGCUCUCUCA